UCAGCCGCGUGAGCAGAGGGCUGGUGAACGCCGCGUGCCCUCUGGCGUUUCCUUGCCGUCGUCCUGCUGUGAGGCGUUGUCAGGCAGCGCUCAGUGCUGCUGCCCCGCCUCCCGUGGCUCCGCCUUCUGUGCUGAUUUAUUUAUUUCUGCUCUCUCUGCUGCUCCCACGCCCUUCCGUCCCGUCACGGCCGGCCGUUCUGGUCCCCAUCCCUUCCCUGCCCUCCCUUCUUUCCCCCCCCCCCCGGGGGCCGGGCGGUGCAGCCCGGUGCCAGGCGCUGCUGUGCCCCGGCGGGGAUGCAGCUGUGCUGUGAGGCUGUGGGAGGGCGGGGGGAGAAACGUCUGUGCGGGGCCAGCCCUCAUCUCUUCCCUUUUCGUCGGUGAGUCAGUGCCGCGUUCGGCCGAACGGCCCUUUCAGACGGCUCCCAGGCUGAGGGAGGCUUGAAGCAGAGGCUCCUCUCGCUGUCGGAUCUGUUCUGGAGGUCGUGGUUACCCGGCUUGGGGUGCCUGCAGCUCUGCAGCAGCAGACAGUGGCUCCCAGGGGCAUCUCUCGUGUAUCCUGCAAGUAGGUUGUAGAAUAAUGUUGAUAUAGUUGGUAUCUGCUGUACCUCAUUUACUUGGAGAUUUUCCUGUUUCAAUUUGAUUCUGAGUGUAUUUCCUGAAAGAGAUGAAGAAAGGACCAGGAAGUAGUGCUUGUCCCAGUGCUGCAGUUCCAGACAAGGUAACAGAGCCAAACUCAGACGGCAAUAGGAGCAACGGAGACUCAGCAAAAGAAGAUGUGCUUCCCUCUCCUGGAGAACUGGAAAAUAUACAGCUGAAACCCAGUAGCAAAACACACAGAAAAAGACUCUGUGGCUAUUUAAAUAAGCUAGGCAUCAGGGGUCCAAUCAAGACCUGGAAGUCUCGCUGGUUCAUUUAUGAUGAAAAUAAAUGCCACUUACUGUACUACAGGACUGCACAGGACAUCAACCCUCUGGGCUCUAUUGAUCUCUCCAGUGCUAGCUUUGACUGCAGGGUAGAAAAUGACGAAGGGGUUUUUGAGAUAAGAACACCAAACAGAGUUUUUACUUUAAAGGCAAUCAGCAAACAGGCAAUGAUGUACUGGCUGCAGCAGCUACAAGUGAGACGUUGGGAAUUUUGCAGUGCUCAAAGCAGAUUUCCUGUGAGCAGCUCCCAGCUUGUAAAUGAACCUCUAGUUGGCAGAAUAAAUGUUGCUGAUGAUGAGGGCUUUCUGCCUCCAGUCAAAACGCCAACAGAAGUGGUGGGUUUACAGGCAGCCUCUUUGCCUGCACCCCAAACAGCUACAGCUUUGCAGAACAUCUCCCUUAAGCACCCUUGGACAGAGAUACAAAACACUGUCUACAAUAUCUGUGGCUCCAAGCAACUCUGGGGGAAUGAUGGGAAUGUCUUUAACUUCAGUAAAUUCCAGGAGCACUCUGAACAAGAGGCAGAAGUGGAAGCACAGUGUACAGUGAAAGAGAUCCCAGAGGAUGGGAGGAUGGAGUCUAGGUUGAACUUGUUUAGGAAAGCCAAGUGGGUGAACAGUAGCUUGGCAGAAGAGCAGCCCCGGGAGAGGAACUCAAUGGAUAAAGUGAACGUCCUACAGCAACAGAUGCUGACACUCACAGAGGAGGUCAAGUCACAGAAGGAGUUGGUUAAGCUUCUCCACAAAGCCCUCGAGGCAGCCCAGCAGGAGAAACGAGUGUCUAGCAUGUAUCUCACUGCAGCAGAAGAUAAGGACAGGCUGGAGUUAGUGCGCCACAAAGUGAGACAAAUUGCAGAUCUCACCAGUCGACUGGAAGCUCUCGAGCAGGAAAAGAAGGAACUUGAGCAGAUGCUUGCUCUGAGAGACAGCCAUAUCCAGGAACUGGAAGAGCAUGUGCAGCUUCUGAUGGAGAAGAAUCAUGCCAAACAGCAAGUCAUCAUGGCCUUGACAGAGCAGAGGACCCGAGAACACUCUGAUCCCCUGCAAGAAGCAAACGCUAUCACUGCAGAGACAUUGUAUAAACAACAGGAGGAGAUUGAGCACCUGAAGGAUGAUAUUGAUGCAUACAAAACCCAGAACCAGUUUCUCAACUCGGAGAUCCAUCAGGUUACUCGACUCUGGACAAGAGUUGCUGAGAAUGAAAAAGCCCUUCUGAUGAAGUGUGCCUAUCUGCAAGCCCAAAACUGCCAGAUGGAGAGCAAAUACCUGACGGUCUUGCGGAAACUGCAGGAGACUGUCUGUGGCCUGCCCAGCUCACAUGCUGAUUUGGUGAGGAACCUCAUCCAGGAAGCACUCCAGUGGGAUGUGAAGGAAGGAGCAGAUCUGAACCUGAACCCUGUGAGUGAGUAUGAUGAGUACGGGUUUAUGACUGUACCUGACUAUGAAGUUGAGGACUGGAAACUUUUGGCCAAAAUUCAAGCCCUGGAGAUGAAGUCCAACAAUCUGAGAAGCCAGGAGGUAGUGGAGAAGCCCCUUCGUGACAAGUGGAAUAGCAUUGGAGAGCUGAGUCCCUCUGCAGAGCUGAAAAGCCUUAUUCGAAGUGGCAUUCCUGUGGAGCAUCGGCAGCGGGUCUGGAAGUGGAUUGUCAGCCAGCACUGCAGCUAUCUGCCUGACCACUACCAGCGACUGUUAAGACAGAGCAAGAGCACAGAGCACCCUGCCUGUCGGCAGAUUGAGCUUGACCUGCCCCGGACACUGACCAGCAACAAAUAUUUUUCAUCUCCCACUUCCCAGCUCAUCCCCAAGCUCCGAAGGGUGCUUCUGGCAUUCUCCUGGCACAAUCCUGCCAUUGGAUACUGCCAGGGACUGAACAGAUUGGCAGCUGUUGCCCUGUUGGUCCUGGAAGAUGAGGAAAAUGCUUUCUGGUGUCUGGUCCAUAUUGUGGAGAACCUAAUGCCAGCAGACUACUACAGUGACACCCUGAUAACGUCACAGGUAGAUCAAAGAGUCUUCAAAGACUUCCUGGCAGAGAAGCUGCCUCGCCUCAUGGCUCAUUUUGAGCAGUAUCAGAUUGAUGUCUCACUCAUUACCUUCAACUGGUUUCUGGUGGCCUUUGUGGACAGCUUGGUCAGUGACAUCCUCCUGCGAGUGUGGGAUGCUUUCUUGUAUGAAGGAACUAAGGUGAUUUUCCGCUAUGCUCUUGCAAUUUUUAAAUACAACGAGGAGGAAAUCCUAAGAAUUCAUGACAGCGUGGAGAUCUACCAAUACCUACGUUUUUUCACAAGGAUGAUUGUGGAUGGCAGGAAGCUGAUGAACAUUGCCUUCAAUGAUUUAAACCCCUUCCCCAUGAAGCUGCUGAGGAAUCGGAGGAGAAUUCACAGGGGAGAGCUGGAGACAGAGCUGUGCGAGCUGGAACAGAUCAAAGCAGCCUACGUAAAAGGGAGAGCAGAGCAGGGAUCUCAAGGCUUGGAGGAAAUCGUUAGUGAGGAGGAAGAAGAGAUAUAGAGAAAACGGAGUUCAUCACUCCUCUUUCACCUUGUGAAAGGUCUAAUGACUAUCUGUGUGUGACAGAGAGAGAACAGAUGCUUGUGAGGAGUUCAUCUGUCCCUGGAAGCAAGGCUACAGAUGUAGGACCAUAUGGGGAUUUAGCCAGGCUUUGUGAUAGAUUGGAAGGUGUCAGAGGAAUUUUACCCAUUCUGUCCACCCCGUGCUGUGCAACUGAGAGAUGCAGCUGAAGAUCUGCAGGAAAUAAUGGUUGUGGUACCACAACAUGAUGCAAAUGAUCCAACCAAGCAGGGCAUUUCUUGAAGAGGCUUGAAAGAGAUUUUUCCAUGCAUGUAAAAUCACAAAUAAAUAAACCAAGAGCAUUUCCUCACUGGUACCUAAACUACUUAAGUGGUUGGGAGGGGAACCUGCUCUUUGAACACACGGUGCCUUUAGUGGUUCACUUGCCAGGAGAGCUCACACACAAACCUGCAGCUGCUGAGCCAUGCUGCUCUCUCCAGGUUGGGCCUGAAGAAGGAAGCCUGGAAGCUGGAGGAGGACAUCUUGCUAUGGGGCUCAGGCUGGGACAAGUGAGAUGAAACGUGGGAAGGUGGAGUUGUCUCUCUAGUUUAUUUUGGUUCCUGUGGGAAUCCAUAGGGGAACAAGGUAUGUCUCUUGCCUGGCUGGAAAAUGCUGGGAACUACCCCUCCUCUUUGUUUAGCUUUGAGCAGAGCCACCUGCGACAAACUGAAUUUGCACUAGAGAGGUUUCAUCUUGCUGUUAAACCAGCUGGCUAUGGACAUGAUAUGGCAACUUGGACUGCUGGGGACAGAUGAGUCUUUUGACCCACAGUUGACCAGGAUGAGUGUGUGGUCUUCUCUGCUUCUGAGGUAUGCUUCUCCUCUACUAGGUUUCUUCACUGAUGUCCCUGUCUCUGACAUGCACUGAAAAUCCACGUGAAUGUGUCCUUUCUGACUUGAUUUCUCUGAGGUUUUGAAGGGAAUCCAUCUUUUCUCUUUGCUGUGCCCAAGUUUCCAAUGUGGAUGGUGCUAUGACGCAUGGAAUAUGGCACUUUAGGGGUGAAACCAUUUGGACUAGAUCACACACAUGCUAAAAGUUACUAUUUCCUGCUAAUUAGCUGCAUGGAUCACCAUGGAAGAUCUCAUUUGCUAGAGGCUCCUCUGCCUCUAGCAAAUGAGAUCUGAUAGCUUUCUCCUCUGCCCUGACCUCCCCUGUCCCUUGAGCCUGCAGCUCAGUCCUCCACAGAUGCAGAAGUUAGUCAAGUGCUUCAGAUAAAUACAGCUUUUUUUUCCCUAUCCUGAUUCUGCUGCCCUGCUUUCCUGCUGAGACGUUCCAGGUGUGCUUGCAGUGCAGGCACUUGCAGCACACAUUGAGCCCUGCUGUACAGGGAGGCAUCUGCUCUACAUUUUUAGAAGGAGCCCACUCAGCAAAUUAUACCUCCUCUAAACCUUGUGUGUAUAAAGUCAUCCACGCUUGCAGAGAGAGGGAGGGGGAGCAUUCACAGCCAGCUGGGCAAUAGGCAACGGUGAGUGCAGCAACGGCCUCUGUUCACCUGAGGUUGGUAGAGCUGGGGCAUGCAACACGAGACAGAAGGACUCCCAUCAGCCAGUUUCGAAGAAUGACAGAAGUCUGAGCUGGCAGAGCCCUCUAGAGGCCGACACACAGGAUGGAUUUACAUUCAAAUGAGAGCUGAGGUUCUGGGAAGUGUGAAAACCCUGCAGCAGGUAGAUGGGCAACAGUGAGAUAGAUCCACUGCGUGUCAGCAACGCCUGUGCACACUGACAGUGUGGGGUGAGAAGAAAGUCUUAGCAGUGUCUUACCACAACAUCUCAACCCUGCCCCCUUCCCCCCCUCCAAAAAGCACACGCCAGUUUCAAAAGGAUGCCAUGUAACUAGAGAAGCUCCAAGGACAGGAGGAUUUUCUUUAUAGCUGCUGAUCUCAUUGACUCAUAGGUUCAUGCAUGCACGCAAAUACAGACUGCUGCUACUUUUGGCUUUUGAAAAGCAUUCUCUCUUAAAUCAUGACAUGGAAAUUAGAAGUAUACUUAAAAUUCUAUUUUUAUUCAGACUUCUUGGUUCUGCUCCACACGUACGUUUAAUGGCGUUCCUCUGAUUGCUAAUCACCAAUGGGAAUAACUGCAAGGCCUCUGCCUAGCCAAGGUGCUCUCACAGCCCCUGCUCCUAUUCCCUCCUGCUCCACCAGCUCUGAUGCUCCUGACUCACUGGUGUCACGGGAUGUGAGCCGGGCCCCAAAGUUUAACUUAGCUGUGUGCUGGUCCUAAAGGCCUCAGCAAGACCUGUGGUAGCCAUGGAUCCUGGGCUGUUCUGAACAAAGGUUAUCUCUGCAUGAAAUUCAUGAGGAUAUGUUGUGCUGCCACGGCCAGCUGUUAUGGCUGGGAAACAAGAGUUUGAGAUGGAGCAUCCGGUGUCCAGUAGUUCCACUUGCCUGCACUGGCACUUGUGAACCACACAGAACUCCUCUGCUGGCUCAGGGGUCCCCUGGUUUGACAACAGGUGGCUUCAGCCCUGAUCUGAACCACCGUUACCUUCAUACCUCUUAGCUAAUCCCUUCCUUGCAAAAGUGCCAAUGCAUGGCAGGGCAACUCGAUCCCCUGCUGUACCCUGGUGUGCUGCCCUGACAGAGCCAGGCCCAGGACUCUUUUUUUCUGACUUGGGUUAAUUUUUAUUCCAGGCUUGGGCUUCUCUUCCAGGUAGAAUGACAGAGCAGAGAGUGAAGGCCUUGCCAGGGGAGGGGAGUGAUAAGGCUCCAUCACAGGACCUGCCUGCAGUCCUUGGGCUGUUCACGGCAAUAUUCUUGUGGGAAAAGAUGUUCCAAAAGCAAAUU